UUUGCAUACCUCCGUGGGAGUGUUUGUGCGUAAAGCGGAAAUAAAGUAGUGCCACGAAUUGCAAGGCAUUUUUUUUUUAUCUGCCUGAUAUGAAAAGUACUCAGCUAGCAGUGUUUUUGUAAGCUUUUUUUUCAAAACUGCGACAUUUUUAAGUGUUUAUCAGUGCGCGACAAAAACAACAAUAAAUUUUAAUAAUAAAACGGUGCUCGAGUAAAUACAAAUACAUAAUGAGUAUUUAAAUAUAAACGUAGACGAAAAUACGGAAAAAAGCACAAACAAUAUUUUUUCCAAGGCAUUUGAGCUCACAUUUCAAAACACAUCAAUCACUUUACAUACAUACAUACAUUCUUGAAAUCGAGAGUGUGAAAAGGAAAUACUUUUGUGGCUAAAGACUAAACAAAAGUUGGUAGUGUAGAGCUUUGAAGGAAAAACAAAACGCUUAUUGCAACAACGCACUGCACGUAGUCCAGCAGCGCGCGCUCACUUACAGUGGCAGCCAUAGCACAGGCGCGAGUUCACAUUGUCCUUUUACGCAUUCAGCUACACUCGGGAUUAAAUUUCACCUGAUUUGUAUCGCCACCUUUCGCCUAUAAUUAAACUCAACGUGAUCACGCGCUCACACCACGCUACAUAGCGCAUUGAAAGAACAACAACAAAAACAAAGGAAACGUAAAAAAACCACAACAACUCAAAUCGCUGUCAUCUUUUGCGAACAUCCAUCAGUCGCAAACGCUUCAAACAGCGUUGGAGCUGUGAAGAAAAUAAAACAUCCAUUCGUAGCGGAAAAAGCAACUUAAGCAGUUUGCCAAAGAAGUGUGCAAAAAGAAAGAGAAAAAACGCACAACAACAGCAGCAAAAAGCCCAAGGAUAAAGGAGGUAGUCGUUAUGGCAUAAAAAAGAUUCGCGCAAAAGGCCCAUAAUUUUGUAGACGCCAUUCAACCGCCGACCUUCCAACGCCGCGCCUCCGCAUACUCCUUCAACACCACCGUCGUGCAGUCACAGCCGCCGACGUCAGCCACUUGAAGCCGGCGACCUUUUCGUUAGCCGCUUAACCGCCGUACCUUUUGUGAGGCGCACACACACCACACACUCGGAGAGCUCUAAAUACACCUUUUGUGUGAAGCAGCUAGUCCAGAGCCAGCGGUGAUCUGCGCGUUCGUUCCAAACGAUCAUUCUUACUGCAACAAAAACAAGAGAAGCACGUCUACGUUGUCGCCAGCCUGAUCGCUAGCUUGGAGCUGUUGCUGUGAUUACAACGGACUGCCUGACUGGCUAUUGUUGAUCACUUUAAGCUGCCGUCUUCAUUGUUGUUGUUGCUGUUGCUGCUGCUGGAGCAGAAAUUGCUUUGCUGGAUUACCUUGCCUUGGACGACGACGUCCCAGCACACGGACAAACAGACAGACAGACAGACAUUUAUUUAUGAGCGCAGCUCUUGUAUUUUAAACGGUGGCGACGACGACGAUUUUCCUUGCCGCGCGCCUGCAACUAUUCUACAAGCUAUAAAAACAAAAACAUAAAAAAACAACAAAAGAACAAUAUAUUCUUCCAUGCCACAUCAUACGACGUGCAUAAGUGUUAUUGUCCAACCAGUUGUUCUCGGCGAGAUUUGCUCGCGAGCCUGGUGCUAGUUUUUAUUGUUGUAUUUAGUGUUUCAGGCUGUUCUGCGAAGGUGCAGCAGCCAGCCUAGUGGCAUAACAAAACAAAGCGUGAAGUACGAACGGAGAAUUAGAGAGGUCUUUAGAAGCUUUGUUGUUGUUGUUGAAUAUUCUUCAUAAAAGAUUUUAAAGGCUCUAGUAGUCAGCCUACUUGCCUGUUGAAGGCAGCACAAAAAAGGAAACGUAACAGCUAAAGGAGAAGUAGAAGGAGAAAGAGAAGCAGCAGCCGCAGUCGACAGUCAUGGCGCCGAAAUCCAGAAAGAAGAAGGCACACGCCCGCACGCUGAGUUGCUAUUGCGAAGGCAGCUGCCCCGAUAACAGUAUCAAUGGUACUUGUGAAACCCGCCCUGGUGGUUCCUGCUUCAGCGCAGUCGAAGAGGUAUACGAUGAAACUACAGGCACAUACGAAGAGGAUCGAACAUAUGGUUGUAUGCCGCCAGAAGAGAAUGGUGGACUCCUAAUGUGCAAAAUUGCCACCGUACCCCACCUGCAUGGCAAGAAUAUCGUCUGUUGUGAUUCAGCCGACUUCUGUAAUCGUAACAUCCACCCCGAGUACACACCGAAGAGCACCACCACCCCGCCCGAAUUGCCAGUGAGCUCACAAUCCAUACACUACCUGCUCAUGUUGACCUCCCUAACCGUCUUCCUGACGAUAUUCGUUGUGGUGUUGCUGAUAUUCUGCGUAAUGUAUAGACGCCGCGAGAAGCAAGGCAAACAGCCACGUCUCAUCAGCUCCAUGUGCAACAGUCAAAUUUCACCAUUAUCGCAACUGGUCGGACAAAGCACCGGUUCGGGUUCAGGCUUGCCGCUAUUGGUGCAACGCACCAUCGCUAAGCAAAUACAAAUAGUGCACUCCGUUGGCAAAGGACGUUACGGGGAAGUAUUUCUAGCCAAAUGGCGUGAUGAGCGCGUCGCCGUCAAGAUUUUCUUCAUGACCGAGGAGUCCUCGUGGUUCCGUGAAACCGAAAUCUAUCAGACGGUGCUCAUCCGUCACGAAAACAUACUCGGCUUCAUAGCUGCGGACAUCAAACACAUGGGUAGUCACACACAAAUGAUGCUCAUCACCGACUACCACGAGAAUGGCAGCCUCCAUGAUUAUCUCGCCACUUCGGUGAUUACACCGCAAAAGCUGCAAAUCAUAGCCUAUUCGCUCGCUUCGGGCUUGGCACACUUGCACGACGAGAUCGUAGGCACACCCGGCAAACCGGCCAUUGCACAUCGCGACAUCAAGAGCAAUAAUAUACUCGUCAAACGGAAUGGCCAAUGUGCCAUUGCCGAUUUUGGUUUGGCCGUCAAAUACACCUCGGAAAUGGAUGAGAUACAAAUCGCACAAAAUUCACGCGUCAGCACGCCACGCUACAUGGCACCGGAAAUGCUUAAUCAGACAUUGAAUCAACAGCAGUUCGAGGAGUUCAAGCGUGCCGAUAUGUACUCAGUGGGGCUGGUAUUGUGGGAAUUGUGCCGCCGUUGCUAUACGCAAGUGCCGGGCUCGAAUGCGACCACAUGCGAGGAUUAUGCAUUGCCCUAUCACGAUGUGGUGCCUGCCGAUCCCACAUUCGAAGACAUGUACGAUGUGGUGUGCCUAAAGUGUUUCAGGCCGCCGGUGCCGUCGCGUUGGCAGGACGAUGAUGUGCUGGCGACAAUGUCCAAAAUCAUGCAAGAGUGCUGGCAUCCGAAUCCGACAGUGCGGCUGACGGCACUGCGCGUGAAGAAGACACUCGGACGACUGCAGUAAUGGGGCGGAGGAAACAGCGUGAGAGAUAUCGAGAGUGUAAAAGCGCGUAGCAAAAGCCAAGCAAAAAGACGCGGAAGUUGGGCUGCAAAAGGGAGUAGCGCUUGCGAAGCGAACUUGAAAAGCCGCGACGAAACGCGUGACAGUUUAAUUUUUAAGUGAUGAUUUUAGUUUUACGAUUUAGUGCUAAGCGAUAUUUAAGUUGAUCGUAGGUAAACAAAAAACACGGAUUCUUCUUAUUGCUUCAGUUAAGUUCAUAGUAGUGUUAGUGUUUAUAGUAUGUAGCGGUUUAUGUUAAAAACGCUUUGUAAAUUUUCCAAUAGCAUUUUAAUGUUUUUUGUUGUACAUUUUUGGGUUUGACUGUAUUUUGAACUGUGUUUCGUUACUUUUAUUUUUUUGUUCUGGUAGAGAUGACGCGUAGUUAAAAAAUAUAUAUAUAUAUAUUAAAAUUUGAGGGAUAAGGCGGCUUUAAUGCACCUAAAAAUGCUCUUAAAUCUGAGAGUUAUGGGAAAACGGCGGAAUUAAGGCCCAGUCUUUUGUCUUUCUGAUGUCUUUUGGACGCCCUAUUUUAAUUUGUAUCCAUAUGUUUACAAGUUUUCCUAAGAAUAGCUUCUAUUUUAAAUUCUGGUUUGAUUUUCGAAAGCAAAUUCUGCAUUUAUUGUUAAAGAAAAUUGUUGCCUUAAGAUGGUUGUUAAAGUUGCCUUUCUUCGUUUUACUACAACAAAACGAAAAUGUAGUUUAUCUUAACUGAGAAAAUAAGCAUUAACUACGAAACUAAUAAAUAGUUGUUAGUCAAGUCUUUAGACGCAAAAUAAUGUGCCAGAAAUUAACAAAACAAAAAA